CGUGAAUCAUUUUACUUCGCUGUGUGCGAUUUUUGUGAAAUAAACACAUCUGGUAAAAACUUUCACAAUUUCUUCGUGCAUUAUCUAAUAUGCUACAGAAGCAAGCCCGUCCAGGGUACAAGAAAUUCAUCAAAACAUCCGCCAAAACAUUAAUCGUCGUCGAAGCAAUACUGUUCGCCGUCUCGUACGCUGGCUGGCACCGAUUGAACACGAAUCGAGAGUUUCGGUACUACGUGAGGGAAAACUAUCCCAGCGUAUUGGAAGCGUACUAUCAGCUGGGCGAAACACUUGGCGGAGACAAAUCCAUCCGAGUGUUUGACGAAAACAUUUGGCAGCAGGAGCAGCAGCAGAAGCGGUAAGCAAAAAAG